CGCCUCUGCUGUCGCCACACUACCUCACGCCAAUGAACUUUUCGUACACGUGCGCGUCAGUAGCGUUGCUCGCGCAAGACGAAUGCUUCCUUCUGUGAGCAUUGACAAACUUCGCUCAUGCGACGUUGAAUGGUCAUUCUACAAUGGCUGCUGUUGGGAAAUACGUACUAGACAACCCGUUCCGUCCCGCAUCUACUUUAAAUGGAGACGCGUCGCCGGGUCCCUGUGUUGUCGGUGAUGGCUGCUUCGGGAUCCCAGCUCUGUCAAACAGCGUCGGCGGAGAAGCUUCACGGCAGCAGCGCGCUGCCGCCGUUCAACGGGGAUUCAAGCGUCCUUUACCGGUGUGGGACUUUUGCUGCGCCAACUGCGAUCAAGGCUUCGCAAGCCAGGCGGAGCUCUCCGUCCACUGCGCCGAGCACGUUUCAUGUCCGAGGGAGGACUGCGACUUCGCGGCCAGCCCGGCGGUUGUAGCGCUCCACGAAAAGUUGCAGCACGACAGCCCGUUUAUUCGGCGUAGUGCCGCUAGCGGCACCGACGAAGACCUGGAAGAGUGGCGUCGCCAACGCAGGCUGCGCUAUCCGACGUUGCGGAACAUCGAGGCUAAGAAGGCGGCCGAGGCGGAGCGCCAGGCACGCCGCGAAGUCAUCCGUGAAGACGCCUGUGGCCGCCGACGCCGCCCGCGUAACAACAAGCGUCGGCAGCGCGCACGCCGACGCGCCUCACCGCACAGGCGCACUCCACAGCCGUCUCGGCGGGCACCUUCACCUGUCAAGGAAGAGCCCUCGCCGUGCGAAGAUUUGCAAGACAAGCCACCGCCGGACCAUAUUACGGAUUCGGAUUCGGACAGCGAGCAGCGAAACGUGAAAGCACCGGACCCGCCCGCGCCUCGACCUUUGGUAAGUGGUGCCUUGGCUUCGCUCAUGGCCUGCUACAGCAGUGGAAGCGACGACGACGAACCGGCCAGCGAAGAACCGCAAGAGCAAGCGAUGCAGCGGGAGGCGGCGCCACCUCCACCCACCGAAUUGGUGUCAGCUAAAGCGGCCGGCUCCGUAAUGCGAGGAAAGGCGACGCCGCCUCCUCGAAAGACAUGCUGGCCCCCCCGGAGGAAGCUGACGCUAUUGGAGCGACUGCUGGCGCCUGAAGUACGACAUGAACGCAACGUGAUACUGCAGUGUGUGCACUAUGUUGUCGACAAUGACUUCUUUGGUGAGACAGGGCCCGAGGCGGCCACGAGGGGCAAGCUUGGAACCACUGCCGUGGUGCUCAGCCACCAAGUGGAUUGCGUGCAACACUCGGGGUUCUCCAAACAGGGGCACACUUCUAGCCCACCUGAACUGCAUGUGCAGUGGUAAUGAAGUGCAUGCCGCCACGAUUUUGGAGAAAUUCUACCGGGCUUUCGCCCUCAAAUGCAAGUGUAAACCUUCAGCCGUAGGUUAUGAAUAGAGUUUGUAACAAAUU